AUUGUAGGACCGGUUUGGUUGCAUUAGUUUCAUGUCUCUCUCCCAGCAAGUUUAACCUGUUUAGUUUACUGUCAGACAUGGGAGAAGACGGAGUUUAAUCCACAAAAGCACCGAUGGACUCCAAUCAAGUUGUAGAAGCACCUCAAGGACCAUUGAUAUAAGUAGGAGAGCCCAGAGCUCAAUGGCAAGUGUCAUAACAAAAGAUGGAGUUCCAUAUUUCUGACAUGAAGAUUGUGCUGCUGGGAAAACGAAAUGCUGGGAAGAGUUCAUCAGGAAAAACCAUCCUGGGCAAAGAGGAGUUUGGCACCUCAGGAAGAACAGCUGAGUGUGUGAAGAGAGAAGGAGAAACAGCAGGGAGACGCAUCACUGUAGUGGAGGCACCAGGAUGGUGGAGCAACUACACUGUAGAGCAAACUCCUGAACGUUAUAAAGGAGAGAUUGUCCUCAGUGUGUCUCUGUGUCCUCCAGGACCCCAUGCUCUACUCCUGCUCAUUAGAGUGGAUGAGUCAUUCACAGAGACAUUCAGAAGAGCAGUGCAGGAACACAUGGAGCUGCUGGGUGAGAGAGUCUGGAGUCACACUAUAGUGCUGUUCACAUGUGGGGACUGUCUGGGAGACACGAGCAUUGAGCAGCACAUUGAGAGUGGAGGAGAGGCUCUGCAGUGGGUUGUAGAGAAAUGUGGGAACAGGUAUCAUGUUGUAGACAAUGAGAAGAGGGAUGGUGGCCAGGUGACAGAGCUGCUGGACAAGAUAGAGGACAUGGUGGCAGGAAACAGGGGCCAUCAGUUUGACUUUGACAGAAAUAUUUGUAAAAAACUACAAGAGAAGAAGAAGGAAGCAGAGAGAAGAGCAGAGGAGAGGAAGAUGAAGGUGCACAAGCAGAGACAGACUCUCAGAUCAUCAGCAGGUGGAGUUCCACAUGUUUCUGACGUGAAGAUUGUGCUGCUGGGAGGCAGACUGGAGGGGAAGAGUUCAUCAGGAAACACCAUCCUGGGCAGAGAGGAGUUUGGCAGCUCAGGAAGAACAGCUGAGUGUGUGAAGAGAGAAGGAGGAACAGCAGGGAGACGCAUCACUGUAGUGGAGGCACCAGGAUGGUGGAUCAACUUCACUGUAGAGCAAACUCCUGAACGUGAUAAAGGAGAGAUUGUCCUCAGUGUGUCUCUGUGUCCUCCAGGACCCCAUGCUCUACUCCUGAUCAUUAGAGUGGAUUACUCAUUCACAGAGACAUUCAGAAGAGCAGUGCAGGAACACAUGGAGCUGCUGGGUGAGAGAGUCUGGAGUCACACUAUAGUGCUGUUCACCAGAGGGGACUGUCUGGGAGACACGAGCAUUGAGCAGCACAUUGAGAGUGGAGGAGAGGCUCUGCAGUGGGUUGUAGAGAAAUGUGGGAACAGGUAUCAUGUUGUAGACAAUGAGAAGAGGGAUGGUGGCCAGGUGACAGAGCUGCUGGACAAGAUAGAGGACAUGGUGGCAGGGAACAGGGGCCAUCAGUUUGACUUUGACAGAAAUAUUUGUAAAAAACUACAAGAGAAGAAGAAGGAAGCAGAGAGAAGAGCAGAGGAGAGGAAGAUGAAGGUGCACAAGCAGAGACAGACUCUCAGAUCAUCAGCAGGUGGAGUUCCACAUCUUUCUGACGUGAAGAUUGUGCUGCUGGGAAACAGAAAUGCUGGGAAGAGUUCAUCAGGAAACACCAUCCUGGACAGAGAGGAGUUUGGCAGCUCAGGAAGAACAGCUGAGUGUGUGAAGAGAGAAGGAGGAACAGCAGGGAGACGCAUCACUGUAGUGGAGGCACCAGGAUGGUGGAUCAACUUCACUGUAGAGCAAACUCCUGAACGUGAUAAAGGAGAGAUUGUCCUCAGUGUGUCUCUGUGUCCUCCAGGACCCCAUGCUCUACUCCUGCUCAUUACAGUGGAUGAGUCAUUCACAGAGACAUUCAGAAGAGCAGUGCAGGAACACAUGGAGCUGCUGGGUGAGAGAGUCUGGAGUCACACUAUAGUGCUGUUCACAUGGGGGAACUGGCUGGGAGACACGAGCAUUGAGCAGCACAUUGAGAGUGGAGGAGAGGCUCUGCAGUGGGUUGUAGAGAAAUGUGGGAACAGGUAUCAUGUUGUAGACAAUGAGAAGAGGGAUGGUGGCCAGGUGACAGAGCUGCUGGACAAGAUAGAGGACAUGGUGGCAGGAAACAGGGGCCAUCAGUUUGACUUUGACAGAAAUAUUUGUAAAAAACUACAAGAGAAGAAGAAGGAAGCAGAGAGAAGAGCAGAGGAGAGGAAGAUGAAGGUGCACAAGCAGAGACAGACUCUCAGAUCAUCAGCAGGUGGAGUUCCACAUCUUUCUGACGUGAAGAUUGUGCUGCUGGGAAACAGAAAUGCUGGGAAGAGUUCAUCAGGAAACACCAUCCUGGGCAGAGAGGAGUUUGGCAGCUCAGGAAGAACAGCUGAGUGUGUGAAGAGAGAAGGAGAAACAGCAGGGAGAUGCAUCACUGUAGUGGAGGCACCAGGAUGGUGGAGGAACUACACUGUAGAGCAAACUCCUGAACGUGAUAAAGGAGAGAUUGUCCUCAGUGUGUCUCUGUGUCCACCAGGACCCCAUGCUCUACUCCUGAUCAUUAGAGUGGAUUACUCAUUCACAGAGACAUUCAGAAGAGCAGUGCAGGAACACAUGGAGCUGCUGGGUGAGAGAGUCUGGAGUCACACUAUAGUGCUGUUCACAUAUGGGGACUGGCUGGGAGACACGAGCAUUGAGCAGCACAUUGAGAGUGGAGGAGAGGAUCUGCAGUGGGUUGUAGAGAAAUGUGGGAACAGGUAUCAUGUUGUAGACAAUGAGAAGAGGGAUGGUGGCCAGGUGACAGAGCUGCUGGACAAGAUAGAGGACAUGGUGGCAGGAAACAGGGGCCAUCAGUUUGACUUUGACAGACAUAUUUGUAAAAAACUACAAGAGAAGAAGAAGGAAGCAGAGAGAAGAGCAGAGGAGAGGAAGAUGAAGGUGCACAAGCAGAGACAGACUCUCAGAUCAUCAGCAGGUGGAGUUCCACAUCUUUCUGACAUGAAGAUUGUGCUGCUGGGAAACAGAAAUGCUGGGAAGAGUUCAUCAGGAAACACCAUCCUGGGCAGAGAGGAGUUUGGCAGCUCAGGAAGAACAGCUGAGUGUGUGAAGAGAGAAGGAGAAACAGCAGGGAGACGCAUCACUGUAGUGGAGGCACCAGGAUGGUGGAUCAACAUCACUGUAGAGCAAACUCCUGAACGUGAUAAAGGAGAGAUUGUCCUCAGUGUGUCUCUGUGUCCUCCAGGACCCCAUGCUCUACUCCUGCUCAUUAGAGUGGAUUACUCAUUCACAGAGACACUCAGAAGAGCAGUGCAGGAACACAUGGAGCUGCUGGGUGAGAGAGUCUGGAGUCACACUAUAGUGCUGUUCACAUAUGUGGACUGUCUGGGAGACACGAGCAUUGAGCAGCACAUUGAGAGUGGAGGAGAGGCUCUGCAGUGGGUUGUAGAGAAAUGUGGGAACAGGUAUCAUGUUGUAGACAAUGAGAAGAGGGAUGGUGGCCAGGUGACAGAGCUGCUGGACAAGAUAGAGGACAUGGUGGCAGGGAACAGGGGCCAUCAGUUUGACUUUGACAGAAAUAUUUGUAAAAAACUACAAGAGAAGAAGAAGGAAGCAGAGAGAAGAGCAGAGGAGAGGAAGAUGAAGGUGCACAAGCAGAGACAGACUCUCAGAUCAUCAGCAGGUGGAGUUCCACAUCUUUCUGACAUGAAGAUUGUGCUGCUGGGAAACAGACAGGAGGGGAAGAGUUCAUCAGGAAACACCAUCCUGGGCAGAGAGGAGUUUGGCAGCUCAGGAAGAACAGCUGAGUGUGUGAAGAGAGAAGGAGAAACAGCAGGGAGACGCAUCACUGUAGUGGAGGCAACAGGAUGGUGGAGCAACUACACUGUAGAUCAAACUCCUGAACGUGAUAAAGGAGAGAUUGUCCUCAGUGUGUCUCUGUGUCCUCCAGGACCCCAUGCUCUACUCCUGAUCAUUACAGUGGAUGAGUCAUUCACAGAGACACACAGAAGAGCAGUGCAGGAACACAUGGAGCUGCUGGGUGAGAGAGUCUGGAGUCACACUAUAGUGCUGUUCACAUAUGGGGACUGGCUGGGAGACACGAGCAUUGAGCAGCACAUUGAGAGUGGAGGAGAGGCUCUGCAGUGGGUUGUAGAGAAAUGUGGGAACAGGUAUCAUGUUGUAGACAAUGAGAAGAGGGAUGGUGGCCAGGUGACAGAGCUGCUGGACAAGAUAGAGGACAUGGUGGCAGGAAACAGGGGCUGCCCUUUCCAGUUGAAUCGGAGUAUGGAGUUUCCUCCCGAUUUUAGAGAACACAUCCCUGAUGACGGCUCUGGAGGACCAUCUGGAUACGGCUCUGCUUUAUUGAGACGUAUAUCUAAGAUCAUGAGGCCCUUUAAGCGCCUCAGCGUGGCUGCCUCCACUCAGAGCUCUGGCUAUGGCACAGGGGGGGCAGCAGAGGCGGCUGCAGAUGGAGAGAUGGGAGCUGGGAUCCACAGAACCAGAGCACAUGGACAUGACCAGCUUAAAAUUGUUUGCUUCGUGGAUGUAUCUACAAUAACCGUGAACAACGAUAAUUGCAUUGGAAGAGGAUCAUAUGGAGCAGUUUACAAAGGCUCAUACCAGGGAACUCCUGCUGCUGUAAAGAUCAUCCCUAUUGGAGAUAGUUCAGUCAUCACAAAUGAGUUUCUCAUACCUUUGCGUUUGUCUCACCCCCACAUUGUGCGGAUGAUGGCUGUAGCCAAAAGUGAGACCCAGAUCCUCAUUGCUAAUGAGUACAUCCAUGGUGCCAACCUCCAUCAGGUUCUUUAUAAAGGCACUUCCAUCAAGAUACAGUACGAGGACAAGCUGUUUGUAGCUUUAGAGAUUGCUAUGGCUGUUGAGUACAUACAUGGAAAACAGAUCAUCCACCAAGAUCUGAAGCCUGCAAACAUAAUGAUUUCAGAAGGUGACAGAAAGGCCUAUCUCACUGAUUGGGGCUUGGCGAACUGCAAAGAAACCAUCUCAACGACAACAGGAACUGAUAAAACAGGGAGUUACUAUGGCCCUCUGGGAGGAACCCCUCCCUACAUGGCCCCAGAGUGCAUAGUAAAGUGUAAGAAAUGCAGCACCAUGUCCGACAUGUGGUCUCUUGGCAUCACUCUUCUGGAGAUGUUCACAAACUCUAGACCUUGGCCAAGCAAUACCCAGCAAAAAAUUCGUGAGCUUCUUUAUAAAAAGCAGCGUCCUCAUGCUCUGGAUAAACUAGAGCCUACUCUUUAUGACAUUUUGAAACCACUGUUAAGAUUUAAACCCAAUUCUCGCAUGAAUGCCAAAGAUCUGGUGAAAUUGUUGAAAUCUAAAGUUGAUUUCAAGAAAAAACUUGGUUUCAAGUCAUAGGACCUGAACAAUGAAGGUAUUUUUGACGCCAUUAUAGUAUGUUUUUGUGUUAUCAUUAAAUGGUAAAUGUUUAACAGAUUGUAAUGUUCAAAUAACGUGAAAUUACAAGAGUUUGUCAAAAUUACAAUCCUCCAGAUGUUGGUUAAGUAUAUGCCACACUGUGAGAAAUGACACUCUUCGUAUGUGACUAAAUUCCAAACGCUGUAACACAAAAGUUCAGUUACAAUAGUUACAGUAGUUAUUUGUAAUUUGUAUAACGUGAUGGCCUUAAUCCUGGCAGAGAGCAGCAUGUAAAUAAUAGCACAGUGAUCAUUACAAGAUAUCCUUGCAUUGUAGUGUUAGAUUAGGUUGGAGUGUUGUUUUUCUUUCAGCAAAUCUUAUAGCAUAUGAAUUAAAUCUGCACAAUGAAAUUCUGAUGGAUUUUAAUAAAUAACGAGCUAAAGAAAAUAUUUUCAGUUUUUUUUCUGGCAGCUAAAACUUACAAUACAAUAUGUAAGACUAUUUAAAUUAAAUAUCACAUAAUUAUGAAUUC